AUGAAGAAGAGAUCAAGUGCAGAAUACAGUGCUGUUCUAUCCGAUGCUACUGGAGAUCUGGGUUGUUUUGGAUUUAUCCUAUUGGGUUUGUCUUAUCUAUUGGUGAUUGUCACAUUUCCAUUAUCGUUAUGUUUUACUACUAGAGUUAUUGCAGAAUAUGAAAGAGCUGUAAUUUUUCGUUUGGGUCGUAUACUUCCUGGUGGUGCAAAAGGUCCUGGGUUAUUUUUUGUUGUACCAUGCAUGGAUCGUAUGCGUAAAGUGGAUUUAAGAACAGUGACAUUUGAUGUACCACCACAAGAAGUACUUACACGUGAUUCGGUCACAGUCGCUGUUGAUGCGGUCGUCUAUUAUCGUAUCUAUAAUCCAGUUGUAGCUAUAACUAAUGUUGAAGAUGCUGAUCGAUCGACACGUUUACUUGCUGCAACUACAUUAAGAAAUGUUUUAGGUACAAAAAAUUUAUCUGAAAUUUUAUCUGAACGUGAUACUAUCUCUGGUAUGAUGCAAACGAUGUUAGAUGAAGCUACAGAUCCUUGGGGUGUAAAAGUGGAACGUGUUGAAGUUAAAGAUGUACGUCUUCCUGUUCAAUUGCAACGUGCUAUGGCAGCUGAAGCAGAGGCAGCUAGAGAAGCUCGAGCUAAAGUGAUUGCUGCUGAAGGUGAAUGGAAAGCAUCACGUGCAUUGAAAGAAGCUGCCGAUGUGAUCACUCAAUCACCAUUUGCUGUACAAUUACGAUAUUUGCAGACAUUAAGUACUAUAUCAGCUGAAAAAAAUUCUACAAUCAUUUUUCCAUUACCAGUGGAUUUAGUGACACAUUUUAUGCAUACACCGAAAAAUAAUAAUAAUAAUAAUAAUAACAAAAGUAAUAAUAAUCCUACUACUACUAAUACUACUAACAAUCCUAUUAUAAGUAGUGAUCAAAAACCAAAAAUUACACCACCACCUCGUCUAACUGCUGGAACUACACCGUCUGGUUCAAGUGGCAUCCCAUUAGUACCAUCGUUGAGUGAGCUGUCCUCGUCGAUUAUGAAAGAUCAGUCGAUUAUUGAUGGGAACAACAAUAACCAGUUCAACGUUUAAACAAACCAAUCAAUUUAAACAAUUGGUAUUCCUCAUGUGAUUACAAUUAUUUUCAUUCUAUUGUGAGCGAAUGGUAUGGAUCAAUUACAUGUCCAUUUUCAUUGUAUACAAUGAUAUAUAUACAUAUAUACAUAUAUACAUAUAUGUAAUUCUAUUUACAGACAAAUUCAAUCAUUGACAAGGAGUCUG